AUGUUAGGGGCACAGCAGUAUUAUCAACCGCAAUUCAACGAUCAGCAGGCGUGGCAGCAUGGAGUUCAACAAGAAAAUAGAAAUGCGUAUUCGCAAUCGUCGUCAAAGCUGAAUCAAGACCAGCAUUAUACACGGAUAGCUGUCAACCAGAAUCACACCAACCAGAACCCGACAGUUAGGUCGAAUCUGAACGAUAACACGCAAGAAAGCAAUGGAGCGUCAUUGAGCAGUCUGAACCAGCAAGGUACACCAGGGAUGGAGCAGUUAUCAGAGGAAAACCAGAAGGUGCUGAUAUGGGUGGCAGAGCUGAUGGAACCCGCACGUCGUGAGGGCGCUCUGAUGGAGCUCAGCAAGAAGCGCGAGCAGGUCCCCGAGCUGGCGCUGAUUCUAUGGCACAGCUUUGGUGUCAUGACCAGUCUGCUGCAAGAGAUAAUAUCCGUCUAUCCCCUGCUCAACCCCAGCCAGUUGACUGCGGCUGCCUCUAAUCGAGUCUGUAAUGCUCUGGCGCUCUUGCAAUGCGUUGCCAGCCACAAUGAAACGAGGACUCUGUUCUUGAACGCGCACAUUCCUCUCUUCCUUUAUCCAUUCCUCAACACGACCUCUAAAUCGAGACCUUUCGAAUACCUUCGACUUACUAGUCUCGGUGUGAUUGGGGCUUUGGUCAAGAACGAACCUGCCUCGCAGGCCGCUGUCAACCCUAACGGCAACCCUAACCACGUACCUGGAACCAACUCCUCACCGACUAUUACUUUUCUUCUUUCCACCGAGAUCAUACCUCUCUGCCUUCGAAUUAUGGAGACUGGCUCUGAACUUUCCAAAACAGUUGCUAUCUUCAUUGUACAAAAAAUCCUGCUUGACGACACCGGUCUCGGCUAUAUUUGCGCCACUUACGAGCGUUUCUACGCAGUCGGCACCGUUCUCAGUAAUAUGGUCGUUGGUCUUGUUGAGACACAGACCGUCAGAUUGUUGAAGCACGUCGUCAGAUGUUUUCUUCGUCUAAGCGAUAACAAUCGAGCUCGGCAAGCUCUUCGACAGUGUCUGCCAGAGCCUCUCCGGGAUGCAACCUUCUCUGCUGUGCUAAGAGAUGAUGCCGCCACGAAGAGAUGUCUCGCUCAAUUGUUGAUCAAUCUGAGCGAUAACGUGGCAGACAAUCAGGCAGACCAAUUUGAGUGA